ACAGGUUCUACUAAAAUUGGCAUAUAUAUUUCUGGCGUCGGAAUUCGCGAUAUAAUGUUGUAUUAGUAGCAUGGUAGGUAGCUUUUGAGCAACGUGGCUAUGUGGAGAGUGGGUGAUACUUAUUGAAUCGCCUGAAACUAAGGUGAAGUGAUAUAUAUAGCGUAACCCACGACGAUAUAAUAAAAAUAAAAUAAGCUGUUGGUGAACAAAGAUUGAAGAAAACAUCCGAAACAUGAAUACCACCGGUACAUACGAAAGUGUGAACACUUUCGAAAGCAGUCUAGAAUCCAAUACAAAAGAUUCAGAUACGUUCAUUUGGUAUUCAACGCAGAUAUUUACUCCCACACAACGUAUUAUAUUCUUUUCUGUAUUUCUCAUUUUGGGGCUGUUCGGAGUAUUUGCAAACGGGUUGACAAUUUUUGUGAUCAUGAAGAAUAAAGAGCUUAAAAAAUCUCCGUUCAACAUUCUUCUUGUGAGUCUUUGCAUCUCAGAUUUCCUUUCUGCUUCUAAUAGUUCUAUUCAGUCCUAUAGUUUGUUAUGGUCUUUGAGGGCAUACACUGGACCAGAAUUCUUUUGCAAGUUGUCUCAUAGUGUUCGUGUUUGGACAGAAUACGUUACAGUACAACAUAUUCUAAUAUUCAGCAUUGUUCGUCUGUAUGCGAUGAAGUGUCCAAUGCGUGUCAAACGUGUGUUUACACCAAGCAUGGCAACGAUUACGGCUGCUGUUAUUUGGUUAGAAGUGUUCUUAACAGCAGCAAUAUUUCGCUAUAUAUUCCCGACUGUUCAUCCAGUACAACCAGAUGCAGAAUACUCGGGCUGCAUUGCAGUGCCACCGGAAUGGAAAGAAGCUUUGAAACUGCACAAAUUUACGGUACCGUUCAUGUUUUUCCUACCGAUGUCCGGAAUAAUAGGUUGUGCAGUGUAUCUUGCUGUAACAAUUUACCGAAUGCGCCAUUGUGAUAUUCCAAGAACACCAAGUCCCGACAGAAUACGGAAUGAAAACAAAGCUAUCCUUCAGGUGUCGCUCAUUGUUCUCUCAUUUAUACUGGGAUACCUAGGAAACGCUGUGAACAGAGUACUUGUAUCGUUGCCCAUAUAUUACACGAUUCCUCUGGUCUCAAGGAGUUGGUUUACAUUUACUUGUUACCUGCUACUGAGAUUGAGUGAAUGUCUGAAUCCGGUUUUCUACAGCCUUGGUUCUGAUACAUUGAUGAAGGCCACAAAACAGCUCUUCUCUAAAGAGAAACUUGCCCCAGUCGGGGGUAGAAACAAGAAACUACAAUCUUCAUACAACAUAUCAGGGGCAGUCUCCAGGGCCAGGAAAUCCGCAACGUAAAAGGAAACGAAUAUUUGAAAAAAAGACUAAUUGUGAUUGGUUGAAUUAUGAAGUGUACAAGCUGUAAUUAAGAUUAUGAUUUAUUUUGUGUAAAUGCCUGAAUUGCAUUGCUUUUUUUCGGUUUGUAAUUUCUCAUUAGUAAUACAAAAGAAGGUCUAUAUAUGGUUUUUUGAACCAGUUUUGAAUACUAGUCUUGUAAAUGUUGAUUAAUUAAAAUACGUGGUGUAAUAUAUAAAAAGUGUGA